GCUGCUCUUCCAAGCCCGAGCUUCUGCAACUUCAGGCCUUCCAACUUUCACGCUUUCAGAGCUAGCUCUUCUACCGAUACAGCUCUCGUGGAGACCUUGGAAUCCGCCGACGUCUUUUUUAAGGAGACUUACCCUCUGAACCGAGUCGAAACGGUGGAGGGAAAAAUCUUCAUCAGGCUAGAUCGCGGGCAGAAUAAUGAGAAUAUGCAGCUCACUGUAGGUUGUAAUCUUCCCGGGAAAUGGAUUCUUCACUGGGGAGUUUCUUAUUUGGACGAUGUUGGCAGCGAAUGGGAUCAACCUCCUGCUGAAAUGAGACCACAGGGUUCAAUUCCCAUCAAGGACUAUGCCAUAGAGACACCUUUAAAGAAAGCAUUAUCACCGGAUGGAGAUACUUUUCAUGAAGUGAUGAUCGAUCUUAUCCCGAAGAGUGCAAUCGCCGCUAUCAAUUUUGUUUUAAAGGAUGAUGAAACUGGUGCUUGGUAUCAGCACAGAGGAAGAGAUUUCAAGGUGCCUCUAGUAAACUACCUUCAAGAUGAUGGCAAUAUAGUAGGAGCAAAAAGGAGCCUCAGUAUGUGGCCAGGGGCUUUGGGGCCGCCAUCUAACUUGGUCCUUGGGGCAGAAGUCUCACACUCUAAUGAUUCAGACAGCACCAAUGAAUUCAGAGAGCCUAGACAAGAAAGUAGGAGCCUAGAAGGUUUCUACGAGCAGCCUAUUGCAAAACAUGUAGCUUUUGAGAAUUCAGUCACUGUUUCUGUUAGAAAGUGCCCAGAGACAGCUAAAAGUCUUCUGUAUGUGGAAACCGAUCUACCUGGAGAUGUUGUCAUUCACUGGGGUGUUUACAGAGAUGAUGCUAAAAGUUGGGAAAUUCCAUCUGGCCCACAUCCACCUGAAACAAUAUUUUUUAGGGACAAGGCUUUGCGUACACGAUUACAGCCAAAAGAGGGAGGAGAUGGAUGUUGGGGCUUGUUUACUCUAGAAGAAGGACUUGAAGGUUUUGUUUUUGUGCUCAAGCUAGAUGAGGGCACUUGGUUGAAAUGUAUGGGAAAUGACUUCUACAUUCCUCUCCCAAGUUCUAGUAGCUUGCUUACUAAAUCCAGACAAGAUCUAUCUGAAAGUGCACAGAUACCUGACAAUAAUGCAGAAGCAAAUGAAGAAGCAUCCCUUAGUGCAUAUACUAAUGAAAUAAUAAAUGAAAUAAGGAACCUGGUAAGCGACAUUUCUACUGAGAAGAGUCGAAAUACCAAAACUAAAGAAGCCAAAGAAAGUAUUCUUCAGGAAAUUGAAAAGCUUGCUGCUGAGGCCUAUAGUAUCUUCAGGAGCUCGAUUCCAACUUUCUCAGAGGAAGCUGUUGUUGAAUCCGUGGAACCUAAACCUUCAGUCAAAAUAUGCUCGGGGACAGGCACAGGGUUUGAAAUAUUGUGCCAAGGGUUUAACUGGGAAUCUCAUAAAUCUGGAAGAUGGUACAUGGAGCUGAAAGAAAGAGCUUCAAAAUUAUCUUCACUUGGUUUCACCGUGAUAUGGUUACCACCACCUACAGAAUCUAUAUCACCCGAAGGAUACAUGCCAAAAGAUUUAUACAAUUUAAAUUCCAGAUAUGGAAAUAUUGAUGAGCUGAAAGAAGUGGUGAAGACAUUCCAUGAUGUUGGUAUUAAAGUUCUUGGAGAUGUUGUCUUGAAUCAUCGCUGUGCACACUAUAAGAAUCAGAAUGGUGUUUGGAACAUCUUUGGUGGCCGUUUAAAUUGGGAUGAGCGUGCAGUGGUUGCAGAUGAUCCACAUUUUCAGGGUAGAGGCAACAAAAGUAGUGGAGAUAAUUUCCAUGCUGCUCCAAAUAUUGAUCAUUCCCAAGAUUUUGUGAGGAGGGAUCUCAUAGAAUGGUUAUGUUGGCUGAGGAAGGAAAUUGGGUACGAUGGAUGGAGGCUUGAUUUUGUCAGGGGAUUUUGGGGUGGUUAUGUCAAAGACUACCUUGAGGCAAGUGAACCUUUCUUUGCUGUUGGUGAGUAUUGGGAUUCCCUCAGUUAUACAUAUGGUGAAAUGGAUCACAAUCAAGAUCCACAUAGACAGAGAAUUAUUGACUGGAUCAAUGCGACUAAUGGAACUGCUGGUGCCUUUGAUGUCACUACCAAAGGGAUUCUUCAUUCAGCCCUGGAAAGAUGUGAAUAUUGGCGAUUAUCUGAUCAAAGGGGAAAACCUCCUGGAGUUCUUGGGUGGUGGCCAUCGCGUGCUGUUACCUUUAUAGAGAAUCAUGACACUGGUUCUACUCAGGGUCACUGGAGAUUCCCAGGUGGAAAGGAAAUGCAAGGAUAUGCUUACAUCCUAACUCAUCCAGGAACACCCACGGUGUUCUACGACCACAUUUUCUCUCACCACCAAUCUGAAAUUGCAGCUCUGAUAUCUCUCAGGAACCGGAAUAAAAUCCACUGUCGCAGUACUGUUCAAAUCACCAAGGCCGAAAGGGAUGUGUAUGCGGCCAUCAUUGGUGAAAAUGUUGCAGUGAAGAUAGGACCAGGUCAUUCUGAACCCCCAAGUGGGCCCCAGAGAUGGUCUUUAGCUGUUGAGGGAAAAGAUUACAAGGUCUGGGAAACAUCUUGAUAUAGUCACAAUGAUAUGAAACAUAUCUAUAGGUAUAUAAAGUCAGUUACUACAAGGUUUCCACGACAAGUUCUUGUCAUGUUUUGCUAAAAAUUUCAGUGAGAAAUAAUGUAAUUGUUCGUGAUGGUGGUCUGGUUGCAAACCUCCAUUGAAGUUGCCUGUACCACAUGCUUCUCCUGACCCUAGAGGGUUAAUAUCAGCUUGACGGGCGCCGCCGGGGGAGUACUAUUACGGCCAGUUAUCUAGUGUGUAAGCAGAAGCAUCGUAUUAGGUGUUGGAUACGGAUGUACCAUUAAGCAUAUAAUUGGACUGUACAACCUCGUGUAAACAUUAUUUCAAUAAAGAUGUCAAGAAUAUCAUUAUACUAUUUACUGUAGAGUUCUGUAAACAAACAUUGAUUAUAAGUGACUAAAUUUUUUUUCUUC